UGGAAACAAGUUGGCUCCUCAAAGCUUGUGGCCAAUCGGGAGCUGUAAUCAAUGGCGAAUCGUACGGACCCAUCGGCAAAGAGCAUAAGGGGAACAAACCCACAAAACCUAGUUGAGAAGAUAUUGAGGUCUAAGAUUUACCAAAACACCUAUUGGAAGGAGCAAUGUUUCGGACUUACAGCAGAGACGCUUGUGGACAAAGCCAUGGAGCUGGAUCACCUCGGCGGCACACACGGCGGCAACCGCAAGCCCACGCCUUUCAUUUGCCUCGUCAUGAAGAUGCUCCAGAUUCAGCCUGAUAAAGAAAUCGUCGUCGAAUUCAUCAAAAAUGAAGAUUAUAAAUAUGUACGAGUAUUGGGAGCCUUUUACUUGCGACUUACAGGCACAGAUAUUGAUGUGUACCGUUAUCUAGAGCCUUUGUACAACGACUACAGGAAACUGAGACGCAAAUUAGGUGAUGGGCAAUAUGCGUUGACACAUGUGGAUGAGGUUAUCGACGAACUCUUGACAAAAGAUUAUUCCUGUGAUAUUGCUCUGCCACGCAUAAAGAAAAGGCUUACUAUUGAAGCCAUUGGUGCUCUAGAACCUAGAAAAAGUGCACUUGAAGAUGAUUUUGAGGAGGAAGAGGAAAAGGAUGAGGAUGACCAGCUCAUGGAUACAGAUAUUGGGUCUCACGAUAAGGAUUACUAUCGUGGACAAAGCCCAACAAGGGAAAGAGGCCGAGAUAGGAAACGUGACAGCCAUAGACAUAGGGAGCGAGAUCAUGAAAGAGAAUAUGAGAGAGAUUAUGAAAGGGAUCGUGGAAGAGGACGUGAUAGGGAUAGGGAUAGGGAUAGAGACAGGGAGCGGUAUCGUGAAAGGGAUUAUAGAGAACGGGAAAGGGAGAGGGAAGGUAGGGAAAGGGAUAGACGUGACAGGGAGCGUGGAAGCAGGAGGAGGAGCCCAUCACGGAGCAGAAGCAGAAGUAGGGAUAGAGAUAGAGACAGAAAGGAUCGUGAUCAUGAUGGUGAAGAACGACGCAGGCGGCAUGCACGUGAUAACAGCAGUAGCCCUAGAAGAGGGGCAGCAGAGGAUGAAAAGCCCCCAAAGAAGAAGAAAGAGAAGGAGAAGAAGAAGGAUGAUGGAACGGACCAUCCGGAUCCAGAAAUUGCUGAAGCUAACAGGAUACGUGCAUCGCUCGGUAUGAAGCCUCUGAAGCUAUGAUAUGUAAAUGUAAGUGAUGCAGGCAUAUUUGUCAUUAUGCAUAUCGUGAAAUAAAAAUGUUGUAAUUUUCAUGAAAUGUAACAAUGAAUGAGGAGGAGAUUUUGGAAUUGGAACAUGGCUGCUACUGCUGCUGAUUCUUCU